AUGUCAGGGAGCGAUCUUGCUUCGGUAGUGCCGGCACAGCUAGCAUAUCUCACUAUAUACAACCCCCUCCUUGGACCGACCGACGAAACAAUACAGGAUCAAGUCGUCUUUUACACUUCUAGAUCGGAUCGUCUGCAACGGAGCGGAAGUUCUACGACCGAAAAUGAGAACAAAGAAACCAAUGAUGGGUGGAAUGUGAGACUGCGCCAGAUAGGACUGGCGCAGGGUAUGGUGAGCUUCGCCAGGAACUUUUCAAAAGGACAGGCAGUCGACUACGUGGAGACAGACAAGUCGCUCAUUGUGGUACAUGAGCUCGAAAAGAAUUGGUGGAUCUUAGCUUCAAUUGACCUGACGCGGCUUCCAACUCACUCUUCCAAUGGACCUUCCUCGCAGCGCGAUGCUUCAGAGGCUUCCUCUUCUCGUUACUCUUCACGGGAGAUGUGUCCUUCCCAUCAUCUGAUUCAGCAACUACGCCGAGCGCAUUCCAUUUUCCUUCUUCAUCAUGACAUCACACUUGACGCUUUAUACGAACGUGUUGGCAGAGCCACACUCUGCCCCCUCCUAGAAAACUUCUGGUUGCGAUUUGCCUGGAACUGGGAUAUCCUUCUAAGUGGGAACCCCGCUGUGGAUGUGUAUAAUGGCAUUAAGCUUUCUGCUGGCGGCGAGCUAGGCAUUGGUGUCGGCGAGGAAGAAUGGGGAAGCGGGGAGAGGGAGGUGCUUGAGGACUUCGUGAUACAGACAGAUGGUCUUGUGGAUAUCGUAGUGUCUCGAUUUGGUGACCCGAAUACGCCUGAUGAGAGUACUACAACCGCGAACAAAUCAGCAGAUGGCAUGCGCAAUGAUGACGAUGAAACGCACUGGCUUGGUUUAGACACAUAUCCUCGACCGUCAGAUGGUGUUAUAUUCUCAGGUGUAGGGGCUAUCUCUAGGUCUUCUGUGGUGCGCAUCUCACAGUGGAUGGAGUGGAUCUACAGAUACGGCAUUGACGCAUAUGGGGUAGGUGAAGACCCAACAUCACCACGACGCCGAAAACAUCGUAGGAGACAACGAGGCCGCUCUGGAAAAGAUACAAAUUCAGUACUACAAGCCAGAGAAAAUCCCCAAUCUAGAGACACAGAUGACAGUUUCUCUCCAGGUAUACCACGCCCACUUGUCAUGGGGACGACAAAAUCAAUGCAGCCUCCACAAGGGUCUGAUGGGGUAAGCCUACUCUCAAGCGGCGAAAGCUCCCCUGCAAGAAGUGAGAAAGGCAGUGAUUGGGUGGGUACGACCACUGGUGCAUUUGUGAAAUACCUCACGCUCGGAUACGGUUCGUCUUGGAGCAUGUCUCGGACUCCCAGCGCACAUCCCCGCGUUGAAGCGUUGAAGCGAGAAGAUGACUUAGCCAGCUCAAACAAGCAGACAGGCCCACCUACAGAUGAGCAGGAAGGCUCUGAAGAAAGCCCUUCUAAACCUGAAGACCCUCCUGUCAAAACUAGAAGCCGUGCACAAACCUUUUAUCUAUACUUUUCUAUUCGAUCCUCAAGCUCCGUCUCUGGCAGACCCAUCUCUCUAUCACAGUAUCCAUCACCAACUACAACCUCUCCAAGGGUCACUCAGCAAGUCAACAUCGCCGCAAUUGCCGCAGCCAGAAUCUCUGUAUCUGGUCAUUCAUUGGAUAUCAACCAACGAUUCUCAGCCGAGAACUUACUAUUCUACGAUCUUGUCUACGACCCAACCAACCUAACAAUCCGCUCUUCAAUCCCCAAUAUCCCUGACCUCGGUUUUUCCCCACUAGAAGCUCCGCGAGAUCCCAGCGCAACGCCCUUGUCGCGUGUCGAAAGCCUCAAUAUCCAUCACCGCCUACUGAGCACCUACAUAGAAACCCGAUCCCGACCGCUCGAACUAGAAAGAACUUGCAAAACAAGUCGUGGCUGGUGGAUUGUUUGGGUCCGAAUGUCCGACCCAUCGUACAAACCCACCAGUGACGAUAGUAACACAUCUCAACCCGAUGACUCUCGCCAGGAGGCUUUCCUAAUCCGGAAGGGAAGUGACUAUGUCUCGACGUCUUCGCACGCGCGCAACAAGAGCGGGACUCGGUUCUUCAGGGACCUGGGCGGUGCAUCUUCGCCGGGACUAUCGGAUAUGGGGCCGGCCAAGUUGGCUGAGGGGUUGGGGCUGGAUGCAAGACGAUAUAUUGAAAGUUUACUCAAUUUGAACAGAUGA